UUCACCGUCGCCGUCGUUGGGAAUGUAUCGUCGCGUGUUGCCGUUCCCUUCGUAACAUCGCCGCGACGGUUACCACUCGCGCUUCUAUCAUCUUCGCCGUCGUUAUCGCGUUGAUACUGUCGCCGUCCACUUCGCCGCGAUCUUCCGCCAUGGAGAAACUCGCGACUCUCGUGCGAUACGGUGAAGUGCGACGGGCGCUAUCGCGCGGCUAAGUUCAGUGUAUACGCGUAGUGAAACUAGUUCUUUUCGGCGCGUCGCGAAAUUUUGAUCGCACGACUUAACGAGGCGGUACGUAACGUGAUCAUCUCGUGAUUUGAUCCGCUCUCGAGAUUUAUUCGUGGAAGUCCUUCGAGACGGAGGACUGAGACGGAGGGAAAGUUUAACCGAGUACGUAGCCCGGAGAUCGCGGCCGUCGGCGGGACGUGCCUCCAACAAGGAUUGCUCGACCAGUACCUGCGUUAGGAUCGCCCGCCGAGUUGCUGCAUUCUCGGAAAUCUCAACGGAAUAUAACGAGGCUUGGACCUCGACAGUGUGUUUCGUGUGACAGUGACGGUUCUGGUUUUGUUUCUGUUUCUGGUUUUUGUGCGAUGUGCUACGGUCCCACUGUUCUCCGCAUUCUCUGUCUCGCGUAGUCGGAGCUCGGAACCUCACGAUGGAGUGCCGCAAGGGUCGACGGAAAGGAGCUCCGAUCCUUGGCGGGCUGCUGGUUGCGUGGCUCUUAACCAACGGCUGCACCGUCGUCGCGCGAAAUUUAGAGAGGUACGACACCGCAUACGCUUGCGAGGGCAAGACGCUGGAGAUCGAGUGCGGUGAGGGAAAGCUGAUCCAUCUGAUACGGGCGAACUACGGCAGGUUCUCCAUUACGAUAUGCAACGAGCACGGGAACACCGAAUGGAGCGUCAACUGCAUGUCACCCAAAUCGUUCCGCGUGCUGAACAGCGAGUGCAAUCAUCGUAAAUCCUGCUCAGUGGACGUGCGCAGCGACGUUUUCGAGGAGGACCCUUGUCCUGGGACCGGAAAGUACAUUGAAGCUCACUACCAAUGCUUAGCAGCUACUACGACGACGACGACCCGGCAGAGCCCGCCGUGGUUCAUGACUUCGCAGCCGAGCGUCUGGAGCACCGCUAAGCCGACCGUCAGGCCUCCCUCGAGGAUUACGACACCGGCGAUUCAGCAGCCGCCCCAGCAACCACCGGCGCCAUCCACCCCGGCCCUGCCAAUAACGACACCGGCGAGCUCCGCAUCAACAAGGACCUCCGUCGAUAUCAGGGAAGACCCGGAAUUUCCUGCGAACAAUCCCGCAGCGAAUGGCCCGGCGAUGCCGCCGAUUAUACCUGAGACCACUCAAGCCACGACAACGUCCACCUUCGCUCCCUGGAGAACCAGCCGAAGGACCACCGUGCCCAGCACGCUCUACCCGGAGUCCAGCUCGAACGGCCAGUGGUACGACUACGGCAGACAAGUGUGUCCCCCGAUAGUCGCCAGGAACCUGUCCUGGAACACGACCAGGGCGGGCGAGGUGGCCGUGCAAAGCUGCCCAGGCGGUGCCAACGGCCUGGCCAGAUGGCGGUGUCUGGCCCGCGGUGAGUCCGCCGUCUGGCACCGCGACAGCCCGGACCUGAGCGAGUGCCGGUCCGUCUGGCUGACCACCCUGGAAAACCGCGUCUCGGAGGGCGACGUGAUCCUCGGGAUCAGCAGGGAGCUCUCGCAGGUGACGAACAACAGCCGCGGGCUGUACGGCGGCGACAUGAUGAUCACCACGAAGAUCAUCAAGAACAUGGCCGAGAAGAUGGCCCUGGACAUCAAGACCUACCAGGAUCCGAAUCAGAGGGAAGUCAGCGUCACAGAGCUGCUCCAGGGUGUCGUGAGGACCGGCAGCAACCUGCUCGACAAGGCGCAGAUGGCGUCCUGGAAGGAUCUCAGUCAUCAGGAGCAGAUGAGGGUCGCCACGUCGCUGCUGAUCGGUCUCGAGGAGAACGCUUUCUUAUUGGCCGACACUCUCAAGCAUGAGAAGACCAUCUUGCACGAGGGCAAAAACAUACUGAUGGAAGUUCGCGUACUGGACGCGCGCAACAUCGGCAACGAGCUGGAAGUUUUCCCGAGCGAGGCCGCCCAGCAAAGGUGGACCGUCUCGAACGAUCGCGUGGAACUUACCAGGGGCGCUUUGCUGGACAGCAGCGAGGCCGGCAUCGUCCGGCUGGUCUUCAUGGCCUUUGACAGACUCGAGGAGAUACUGCAGCCGCAAGCGGAGCCGCCGUCCGUCGUCAUGAACGACGAUCCCCAGCCCCUGCCGCGAAGGAACACCACCCGUCUCCUUAACAGCAAAGUUAUCUCGGCGUCUCUGGGAAAAGGCCGGCACAUACAGCUCUCGGAACCCGUCCGAGUGUAUUUCAGACAUCUGGCAGUUGAGAACGUCACCAACCCCACUUGCGUCUUUUGGGAUUACAUCUUGAGCGCUUGGUCGGACGAGGGGUGCCAGAUACAAAAGACCAACGAGACUCACACCGUGUGCGAAUGCAAUCACCUGACGAACUUCGCCGUGCUGAUGGACGUGCACGCCGUCAGGCUGGACAUCGCUCAUCAGGUCGCUCUGCAGAUCAUCACGUAUAUAGGCUGCAUCAUUUCCGUCGUCUGUCUCAUCCUGGCCAUUCUCACGUUUCAAUUAUUUCGCGGACUGAAGUCGGACAGAACGACAAUCCACAAGAAUCUCUGCGUGUGCCUGCUGAUAGCUGAGAUACUCUUCGUCUGCGGGAUCGGCCAGACAAAUCAGAGGAUCGUCUGUGGCAUCGUGGCCGGCUUACUGCACUUCUUCUUUUUAUGCGCGUUCGCCUGGAUGUUCCUCGAAGGAUUCCAAUUAUACGUGAUGCUGAUCGAGGUGUUCGAGGCGGAAAAAUCACGGCUUCGGUGGUAUUAUCUGGUCGCAUAUGGCGCGCCGUUGGUCGUUGUAGCAAUUUCGUGCAUAAUCGAUCCACUUAGCUACGGUACCGAUCGGUACUGCUGGCUGCGCGCAGAUAAUUAUUUCAUCUUCAGCUUUGUCGGACCUGUGAUACUCGUUAUACUGGCGAAUCUAGUAUUUCUAUCGAUGGCGAUUUAUAUGAUGUGUCGGCACGCGAACACCACCGUGGCGAUGAAGAGCAAAGAGCAUUCCCGACUGGCUAGCGCAAGUGGAAAGGAAGAGAAUGCUCUUCCCAACAAAUUGCAAGCGCACUUGGCCUGGCUGCGGGGCGCUAUCGUGCUGGUGUUUCUACUAGGUCUGACCUGGACGUUCGGGCUCCUCUACUUGAACCAAGAGUCCGUCGUGAUGGCGUACAUCUUCACCGUAUUGAAUAGUCUCCAGGGGCUGUUUAUCUUUGUGUUCCAUUGCGUACAGAACGAGAAGGUGAGGAAAGAGUACCGCAAGUUUGUGCGUCGCCACUCCUGGCUGCCGAAGUGCCUGAGGUGCUCGAAGACGGUGACGGGCGGCACGGCCGGCUCCACCGGCGGCAGCGGCGGCACCGGCGGCGCCAACGGCGGCAAGGACUUCGCUUCGCACAACACCUCGUCGAACCCGUCGGCCCCCACCACCGACAGCUCCGGACUGUCACCUCACGCAGCCACCAAUUACUUGGUGUCCGGUCGAAGCUGGGCGAUAGUCGAUAGGCAGCCGGCAGUAACAGUGCCAGGUGAACCCGCCUCGGCCGAGGCUCACAUCGUGGCCACCCUGCCGUACGCGCGUCACGCCUUCUUACCCUCAGCUCCCAAUAUCCCCAAAUCUGCCACUGCCACUUGGGGCCACCUUAACAAAAACCUCAUGUGGAAGAACAUUUCUUUUAAGUCCUACUCCCGCGACUCUGGACACGGCGGUUCCGAGCAGGAGGAUUCACCGCGGACGCACAACACCUUGACGCUCGGCCACUCCGUUCGAAGACGCGGGCCGAACGACGCCGGCGAGAUGAACGCCGGCACCAGGACGACGGGCGGCAGGCGCGCCGCGAUGCCGUACAACCACACGUAUACCGAGAUCGUGGACGGUCGUGGCAACGGCGGCGCCGGCGGGCAUCAUCAGCUACACGGCCAUCACGGCCAGCACGUGCACCUGCCGCGCGGCCUCGCCAACGAGGACGACCCGGUGUACGAGGAGAUCGAGCGCGGCAGCGGCGGCAACGGCGGCGGCGGCAUCAUCGGCGGCGGCAACGGCGGCGGCGGUAUCGGCGUCGUCGGCGCCGGCGAGAUCCAGGUGUCGGACAUGUCCGACGAGGACGGCCGACGGCAGAGCGACAUGAGCAGGCAGUCGUCCAGGAGCUACGGCGAUCACCGGCCGCUCAUCCCGUAUUCGCCCGCUGCCGAUCGCAACCUGGUGCACUACGGCCAGGCGAUGACGGAGCGCGGCGUCGGAGGCGGCGGCGGCGGCGGCGGUAAUCUCGCGCAUUACGACACGACGGAGUACGGACCGGCGGUAGAGCGCACUCUGAACGCCUGUUGGGAGAAGCUGCGCCGGCAGCAGGCCAGGUACGAGAUCGGCGACCUGCCACGGCUGCCGGCGGCGUACGGCAUGCCGCCGCAGCAGGAUCACACGCGGACGGUGGCCGUGCUGGAUGGGCACACCGUCGUCUGCCACCUGCAGCCGCAGACGGACAUGUAUACGGGCCGCGGUAUGCCGCCGCCGUCCUACAGCGAGUGUUAGGUGCCGACCGCGACCCGGAUCGGAGAUUCCUCUACGUUCUCCCGCCGAAGGAACGGCAGCAGCUCCUAGGAGACGGCGUGAGCCGGUGUGAGCCGUCUGGACGGUUCGUUUUAUCCGGGAUCACGUGGUGACGGUUUGGUGGAGGGUUGAGAGAGUGUGGUGACGGUGAUAACGAUUCGUUCCUGAAGAGAACAGCCACGUGUCUGCGCCUUGGGAGGACGAAGGGAAGCCGCGGAAAGUCGGACGUGCCGCUUUUUAGCUCAAGCGUAAGGCGCGACGGUGUCUUGUCGCAGGUCGUCGCGUUUUAGCCAUAAUCGACGUAUCGCGAGCGUUCGAGGGAAACGCCAGUUCGGCGUUCUUCGUCUCCGUUCAGGUGGAAUUUCAUCAGACGUUUCCUUGCGAUGAGCAAGACAAAGGGAGAGAAAGGAUGAGCGAGAGAGAGAGAGAGAAAGGAGCGAAUGCGAGACCGACGGGCGUCCAACUAGGCUGCCACGUCGUCCAACGGGCGCCCGCGUGUCUCUUUAGGAUACACUGUACGCGUGUGUGCCACCGUGGACUCUGUAUAACACAAAUGUAGCGGACCUCUCGUUUAGGCUAAGUCGACGACGACGAUGUGCCCGUCGUGGCCGGGCGUUCGGAAUUGGCGAAAUGAGUGCGCGAGCGAAGACCAGAACGCGACGAGUCCUGAUGGGAUAGAAGCUUUCCGAAGUCCGAAGCAACACGAAGAUUAGCUUCAAAGAUUUUCAAAUGGUUUAUUUUGAAUUUAAGCAACGUGUUUUUCUAGUAUUUAUGCGAGCGUGAUGAACCAAAGUUUUAGUAUCUUGAUUUUACAGGCAGCUCGUGCAAAUUUUAUUUUUGCAAAUAUUUGCUAUAUGAUUAUUCGAUAUAUUAAAUUUUAAUAUUAAUUUUUCCAACAUUGUACAUUAAUUGUAAUUUUAUUAGGAUGAGAAGCAAUAACUUUAUCAUCUUCCAAUAAAAGAUGUUAAAAAUUGCAUUAUUUGACAUUUAGGAUAUUUGUUUUUUCAAGAGAUUUACAUUGUUAUAAUUUU